UAGCAACCUCAGCAUAAGAUUGACAGUUGCAACUUCAGUUUUGAACGGUUUUUACUCAUUUGUGGAAAACUUUAAAGAGAGGCUUUUUUUUUUACAGGACAGCCGCAGCGUGCCUCAGAAGAAGAACAACGACAAACUGCAACAAAAGCAAAGGAUAGCUGGCAGACAUUGUUGUGUUAAUACAAUUUCCGCAGAUUGAACAGGUGUUUUUAAUUUUGGAGAAGUUUCAGUGAUGCCGGACGUGGAACCGCUCAAAUCCCCAUCAAGGGAAGGACGACCAAGUCAGCAAGACCAAGCAGAUCUACAAGCUGUGUGCUCUGGUAGACGUCGCACUUGUGCUUUGCUCAACAGUCCCUCACCGUAUGUCAACACUGUCAUUUACCAUAUCCAGAAGUUAAAGAUGACGAUAGAAAAUUCGUUCCAGCAGUCUGGAAAAGAUCAUCCACAGAUCGAUCGGGACAGCAAAGCUUUAAGAUUUCAAUCCAGGGACUCAGACAACGAUUCAGUGACAUCUACCGAGUUGUUUGUUGAAGGCAUCGCAAUCAGUGCAAAAGAAAGAUGUCCAUUAUCACCACCACUAUUGAAGAAAAUAAAUGAUGUCCUUGGAGAGGUUGUGUAUCUGACUGAGCAGCUGGAAGCUGAUAGGCAGUAUGCCGAGGAAGCUCUCCAAAAAGAGAAGAGGAGAAAAUGCAUUUUGGAGAACAAAGUGGACAGCAUAUCACUGUGGGAGCAACAAGAGCACUCUUUUUUAGUCAAAAAAGAGCAUGAAGCUUGCAGUAAAGAUAUUACUGAACUAAAGUGUCAGCUAAAGGUAGAAAGAGAAAAACUUGUCCAAGCCCAGGAGAAACUGUCUCACAUUGAGGUGUUGAACCAGCGCUUACACGAGGACAUCAGCUUUGCCAAAAAACAAAUUCCCAUCGUGAAAGAAAACAUCGAGCUGCAGAAUGGCAUCAUAAAUGAAAUCAACACAGCACAAGCUGAGGCUGAUGACGUGUUGUCAAAAACACAGACUGAACUCAUGCAGGUAAAGGAGGAGUUAAAAAAGAUGCAGCUGGAAUCCGACACAGAAAAGAAAUCAAUGGCUCAUGUGCUGUUGUCAAAGAAGAAUCAGCUGGCCAAUAAAUUGGCAGAGUUAAACUCAUUGAAGCUGGAGCAAAAAGGUCUAAAUGCUGAAAUAGCAAAUGCUGAAAAGGUGGUCGCUCUUACAAAGGAUAAGUGUGCAAUCGUAACACAGCGUAUUCCUGAAAUGAUGGCGCUGGAGCAAACUGAGAAAGACCGGAUUCAGGAAUUGAAAUUUCAAACUGAGGAAGAAAUGCUAAGGAAUAAGAAAUUAAAAGAGAAACUAAUUUCACAGCAGGAACUCAUUGAGAAAACAAGACUCAGUGGGGAAGCAGAGGUUUCUUGCAUAGAAGAGCAGCUCCAUUCAAAACGUAAUGCCUGCUCAGCUCUUCUUAAAGAAAACUUGGGGGUUGAACAGGAUGUAAAAGACUACAAAAGAAAAAUUUCAGACAGUGAGAGAGCUGUGAGGCAGAUGCGUGAGGAGAGAAAACAGAUGCUCCAGAAAAUCAUUGACAAUGACGAGCAGUGGGAAAAGGCCAAGGAGGAAGUGACCCAAGUUGUAGCCCAGCACAGUGUCACACAGACUAAACUGGAAGAACAGGAGCAGCUCACCUUCAUGGAAGAACAGAGGGCCAGGAAGGAGAUUGAAAACCUGGGGAAAAAUCUGACAGGUCAAAUGACUACCCUGGAGCUACUGAAGGCUCAGUGUGCAAACUUAAAUGAAGAGUUGUAUCAACACCAAAGGAGCUCAGCACUGACAAACCAAAAACUUCAGAAAGAAUGUGACGAUGCAACCACAGCGAGAAAGACUCUGGAGACAAAGGUCGAGAAAAUCAAGCAGCUGACAGAAAACCAUGAAAGGACUGAGUGUGAACACAGGAACACAUUAGUCAAUCUUGACAAGGAGAAGAAACUGAAAUGUGACCAACUAAAAGCUGCUCAGGAUUUACAAACUGCUACAGUAAAGAGAUAUGAUUACACCAUCAACAGGAUCAGUGACCUCACAAAAAUGUGUGAAGAGCACCAAGAUGCUUCAGAUGAAAUGGAAAAAAUAGUUGAAAGUAUGACGGAAGAAAUAGAAGAACUUCAAAGUGUUUUUGAUGCGGUGGAAUUCAGAAACAAAUCAGCUGCUCUCAUAACGAGCACUUUGCAGUCUGAUAUUAAUAACUGCCAACAACAAACACAGCGAUUCAGGCAGAGACACACCGCUCACAUUACAAGAAGAAAACAAGAAAUGGAAGACGCCAAGGAAGCACUAAAAAAUGCACUGAAGGAGAACAGACAGCUAGCAAGCGAGUAUGAAGACCUAAGGAAGGUUCUUAUGGAAGCUAAACAGGAAGCAGCGUCUGCACUCUCUGAGAAAAAUCAUGCACAUAAGUCAGUUCAUUACAACACACAGCUCUCUUUGUUGCAGAAGAGGAUGAACAAAGCUUUGGUGAAAUACUCCAAACUACGCAGCCUCUACAGCCAGGCUGAACUGGACAGGUGCCAGGCUCUUUCUCAAGAGGUUGACCAGAAAAUAAAAACAACCCAGGAAGGGCUGUUUGAAGAUAUUCAGCACAUCUCUGCAUUCCUGCAAACCUUGACAGAUGACUCUACUACCACUGAUGCCGGAAUGAACAAACAAGCCCUUCCAGAUGCGGCUGGAUCGAAUGAGUAGAUGCCUUCAGUUCAAACAGCAGUGUAAUUGGACAUUCACCUGUACCAGACAACUUACUUACCCUAGCACGCUUCACUAUCCCCCCCUCUUUACUUGCAGCAAAUCCAUAACAAUGAAACAGGUGACUUUCAUGCUGCUGUCAGGACUGAUCUAAUUUUAGCUGGGUGAAUGAUUGCAAUUGGCUUUGCCUCAUCAGAUAAUUAAUCUAUGUCACCAUUAAUUGGAAAAGAGAAUAAUUACAGGCAGUGUUGACAGAAAUUCUACGCUUCUCAUGAUUCCAAGACCUAAUUACAACUAGUGAAACUCUGUGACCUUUUCUUUCUUUCUUUAUUAGGACCCCAUUAACUAGUACUUAGUACACCUUGGCCACCUUGACCAUACCCAUGUGAAGACCACUGUCACAUGAGCAAGACACAAGACCCUGUUUUUUGUUAUCACACUCUGCACUACUUUCCUUUGCCUCACUCUCUGUGAGCUGUCUCCCUCAAUCACUUUUCAAUGUUCAAUCUUAAUUUUGUGGAAGUUUAGCAUUUUCAAUGAGCUGGAGAUGAAUGAUUAAUGAAUAAAUUUAAAUGCUUCAUUUUG